GAAGCUAUGACCAGGUGACUAAUUUCACUGGUUUUAAUUGAGCUGGGUGUAAUCUCAGUGCUGCCUGUGAGUGGAACUGUACAUAAACGACACGCAGAUAGCCUUUUGAGGGGGCAUUAUCAAGUUGGGAGUUCCCCUGCCGUCCAACAAGGGAAGAUGGGGAAGCUGAGAGCUUUCACUCUGACGUUCUCCAAGCCGGAGAGGGUGUAUACAGCGGGCGAACUCAUAGCUGGGAACGUUGUAGUUCAGCUUAACGAAAACAUGCGAAUGAGAGGUAUCCUGAUUUCCUUCAAAGGAAACAGCCACGUUAAGUUUGAAAAGACGAAGUCAAGAUCAACCUACACCUAUAAAGCAAAUGAAGACUACUUUGACAACACGUGUACUUUAUUUAAACCAGCUGAUGGUACCGAAUAUCUGCACCAAGGCGAGCACCGAUUCAGCUUUCAGUUUCAGUUGCCACCCGCACUACCCGGUACCUUCGAAGGGGAAUUUGGACAUGUCAGAUAUUACGUCAAAUGUAGGAUAGACAGGCCAUGGAAGUUUGACCAUUGUGUGAAAGAGGCCUUCAGUGUUCUAGGCAAGCUGGAUCUUAAUUCUGAACCGGGUGCGGAUAUGCCACAGCACCUGGAAAAUUCGGAGAAAUCGUAUAACUGCUGUUGUAUGGAGGAUGGUGCUGCAAAAUUAACCCUAAACAUACCCCGAACAGGCUACGUGCCAGGAGAGUCCAUCCCUAUCACGGCAGAGGUGUCCAACAGCGUGCCAGAGAUACUCACCUUAACAGUGGAACUUAUACAGUAUCUCACUUUUAAAGCUGGGAGUCAUACAAGAGAGUUGCGGAACGUCGUAUCACAAUUCGAGCCGGUGAAAAUUUUAACCAGACAGGACUAUUUUGCCAACCAGCAACCACUCCACAUCCCGGCCAUCCCACCUUCACGGCUUGAUGGAUGUGACAUCAUAGAUGUCCAGUAUGCGCUCAAGGUAAAAGCGACUACAGGCUGGUUCGAGGUAAAGUGUAAAGGAAAAAUCAUUAUUGGAACUAUCCCUCUCCGUUCAGUGGUAGAUGCUUACAGAACUCCGCCUCUGGCAGAUUUAAACAGCAUUGCGUUGGAACCCAGUGCGCCUGCCAUUCCAUUUCCACCAGCAGUGCAUUCUCCACAACCGCCCCCAAAUGCUGCAGCCUUUGAGAUGCCACCCCCAUCGUAUGAAGAGUGUGUUUUUGGAACCACAAAUAUUCGGGACACUGACGACACGGACUUCACUUUCGGAUCUGCGACUUACGCGCCCAAAUACACAUACUACAAAUGGACCUAAAUCCGAUCGGAGAUACUGGCCUUAUAUACAACUGGCCUUAUAUACAACUGGCCUUAUAUACAACUGGCAUCAUUUUGAAUUCACUGGUUCACUGGUGUUGGACCUUCUCAAAAUAAGAUUUGCACUUGCG